CCCAUUCAAAUUCAAUAUGGCGGCGAUUUCAGUGGCCAAGCGAGCAACUUUGCUCUUUCGAAGAUCAAUUUUACCUGGUAGAGGAGGGUUUGUAUCAGUCAGAGCUCUGUCGGUUACCAGCGGCAAAAGAAAAGAGGAAAGUUUUUUUUCAACCCUUUUUGGAUCACAAGUUGAGAAGCCGACAGACGCGCACUCGAAAGUUUUGACGGAGAAGGAAACCCUCUAUGAGUUUGAAUUCAAUGAUGUAAAGCCUGAGUGUAUUGAAGAUUAUGUGGGUCUGGUAUCAGAGUUUUUACCAAAAAUUAGUGAAGAUGAUCAAUUUCCUGGUGAGUUGGUAGGAGCCUGGACAACUAUGUUUGGAAGACUUGAUCAAGCAAUUCAUUUUUGGAAGUACAGAGGAGGGUUCAACUCCGUGAUGAAGGCUAAGCAGUAUGUCAGAGAAAACAAGGAGUAUCUUGAGUUUGCAAGAAAGAGACGAACCAUGUUGAAUAACAGGGAAACUCAACUUCUCCAUGAAUUCACCUUUUUUGGUGAACCAGAGGCACGAGCCCCAAGCCAUAUCUAUGAACUGAGAACAUAUCAUCUUAAGCCUGGUACCCUUAUUGAGUGGGGAAAUAAUUGGGGUCAAGCUAUUCAGAUUCGUCAACAAGAUGAUGAUGCUGUGGCUGGCUUAUUUUCCCAGAUAGGAGAACUUUAUGUUGUUCACCACAUUUGGGCUUAUGAGGAUCUUGCAACCAGACAGAAGAUAAGGCAGAAUAUGUGGAACAGGCCUGGAUGGGACACAUGUGUUGCUAACACUGUUCCGCUGAUUCGUCGAAUGGAAUCAAGAAUAAUGAUUCCUUUGCCAUUUGGACCUCUUCAGUAAUCGCACAAAAUUUUUUGGUACUUUUUGGCAACAUCAGGAUUAUAAUACCACGUAUACCUGUACUUUUGCCCUGCUUCAUUAACCCUUUGACUCUCAGGAGCAAUCAAUAAAUAGAUUCUCCACACUGCUCUUGUACACUGGCAUGCAGAUAAGUAUUGAGAAUCACCAAAUUAUCAACUAUGGGAAUAUUUUCUGAGAACCAGCCAACAGAGAAAUGUGCUGAUGAUAUAAGUUGAGAGAAUUCACUCUCAGAUCUUGAGAAGUAAAGGGUUUGCUCCACAACAAUAGUACCAAUUUCAUUUAUACCUUUUGAUGACAGAGACAAAAAUUUAUAUGGUUUCAAGGGAGACCUUUUUUUUUUUUUCGUGAUGUAAUGGAGGAAAAGUCUGUGUAGAGGAACACAGCUAAAAGAUAAAUGUAUACUCUUAGACCUACUGUUAUACUCAGAUGAUUUGGGUUAAUUGAUUUUAUAAAAAAUGCCUCUUUCUUGAUGACCAAUCACUACCUCUUUUAUAAGAUAUGUGUAUUGAUUAUGUUAGGAAAAUUCAGGGAAAAAUUAUUGUCAUAUCCUAUAUAUUUAGCAAUUAAUUCUAAACCUGGUCAUUUGAUCAGUAUUACUCUAAAAAAUCGCAGAUAAUGAUCUUGUGAUUCAUUCUGAUACUCAUAGCUCAUUGAGAAGCUGUAAUGUCUCCAUUUUUAAGGGACUUGUGUGUGGGUUUAUGCCUGAUUUGUGUAUGUGGGGUAACUUUUUUUUUCAUUUACGUCUUUGAAUAAUUACUACAUGAGCAAUUAUUUUUCUGAACCACAAUCUGGAAUUUUAUUUAAAGCAUUUGUUUUCAUUGUGACAUGGAAGUAUGCUAUUGGUGUUAUCAAAUGUUCCAUUCUUCUUCCUGAAAUAUUUAUUUGAUUUCUUUUUCCCGUGUGAGGCUGUUUCGAGAGGUUUACAGUUCAUAAACUGAAAGCGGGGCCAUUCAGACCUUGAAAAUUAAUCAGAGAGCAGAACUGAAAUAGUAGAUGUCAAUUUGUGCUAUUCCACCAAAUUAAAUGUCGAGUACAAAACAAACGAAUCUUGACUCGUUAUUUACGAAUUACGGUUAGAUCGCAGCAUGGUUAGAUCGCUCCAACCAAAAGUUAGAUCGCUCCACUCGAAAGUUAGAUUGCUCCAUCAAAUAAGUUACUUCGCUACCAUAAUAAGUUACUUCGCUACCAAUAUAAGUUACUUCACUCCAUGUAGAAGACCAAGGUAAAGGUAGCAAAACUCGUGUCUGUUAAAUGUUAAGAUGAAAUUACUGGUCUUUUUAUUCUUUCACGUGGUUGUGGAUUGUAGACAUGGGGAGAAUCAAACGCAGCAUUUAGCUAUUACGACAUGAUUAGCGGAUUGGUAAAAAACAAGAUAGAUAUGAUGCUAUGAAAAGGUUGCCAAUGAUGAAUUUACAUUAGCUCGUUGAAUGCAAUAUGUAAACUGUGUCAUGUAACUAAAAUUUCGUCACAUAAUUUUGUCAGAAUGGCCUUGCUUCAGUCGAUUCACGUAUGUUGCUGGACUGUUUUUGCCUUUAACAGUAGCAUGUGCUUGUAAACCGUUUUUCAGUGAAAGUUUUGAAGAAAUGGGGGCGAGAGUUAAAGUGUGGUGUACUUUAAAGACACAAUAAAUUCUCUGGAAAAGUUUGUUA